AUGUCAUAUAGCUAUAGAGGUGGUCGUGGUGGAUAUAGUAAUCGUGGCUACCGUGGAGGCGGUACUGGAAGUAGUAGCAGCAGUAGUGCUGGUGGUGGCCGUGGUGGAGCAAAUGGGAGUGGAUAUAGAGGAGGAUACAGAUCAAGCAGACCGGGUCAGAAAGAGGAUAGAUAUACUAUUGGUGGGAUGCUUAAACUCAACAAAGGUGCCCAUUAUGAAUCAAGCGAUAAUAGAUAUAUUCCAAAUGAAUUAGGUUCCCGGUCACCAGAAGUAAAAUCAAACAAAGUACAUACAAAUGAUGGAAAUAUCACAUCUGGCUUCAACACUCCAGUCUCGGGGUCUGACAAUAAAGUAUUAACUCCUAUAUCAACAACAACCCUGGUACCUGGAAGUGAUAAAGAUACAGGAAUAAAUGAAAAGGAUUCCGAAUUUGCAAAAUUAUCUCAUCAUUCAGAUUUCACAGAUUUACUCCCAUCAUCACGACCAGUUGAUCCUAGAAAGAAUUUCAAACUUUUAUAUGACAUUGAAGCAUCUAAAAAUGAUAAAAAACUACAUUCUAAGAAAAUUCGAUACAAUGGAGAAGGUAUACAUCGUCAUGAAGUCACUGAUCCCCGAUUAAGUAACAUAAAUUUGUACUUGACCAAACCUAAUAAGAAAUCUAAGAAAUUCCCUUAUAGACAAUUACCCCAACCUAAGAUAGUAUAUGACAAAGAUUCAAUAGGAUACCCUCCAAUGGCCACCAUUGUAUUAUGGGAUUUACCAAUAUCAGCAACUGAAUUAUAUUUGAGGAAUUUCCUUGUGAGAUAUGGAGAUGCAAUUGAAGCACUUGAAUUCAAGACCGAUCCAACUACAGCCGUGCCACUCGGUGUAGUUACUUUUAAAUUCAAAGGUACACCAGAAGUUGCCGCAAGUUUGGCCAAAAAAUUUCUCAAGAUAGUACAGAAUGAAGAACCCAAAAUCGAUGGAGUUCCCUUGAAAGCACGUUUAAAUGAUAAUGAGAAUUUAUUAUUGAGCAAAAAGAUAGAAAAUGCAAGACAUAAGUUAUUGCAACAACGCUUGAAAAGAGAAGAAGAGGAAAAGAAGAGACAUCAAAAAAUACUUGAGGAACAAAAGAGACAAGAACUUUUAAAGAAAAAACAGGAAGAGGAGCAGAAGAAACAAGAAGAGGCCAAGAAGAAAGCUGAACUGGAUUCAAUUAUAGCCAAAAAUAGUGUUGUAUCCACUAGAAAUAAAAACUUGAUCUACAAACCAAAUUCAACAGUACUUUCCAUUAGAAGAAAGCAUAAAAUAGUUCAAGGAGUUAUAUUACCUAAAGAUUUGGAGAAAUACAUCAAGAAUCGACCAUAUAUAUUGAUACAUGAUAAACAUGUUCCAACCAAAAAGAUUUCGUCACAAGAUAUCAAGAGAUUUCUCAAGAAAUAUGAUUGGACAAGGGUUUUGUCUGACAAAACUGGAUUCUAUAUUGUAUUCAAUUCGCUUAAUGAAUGUGAAAGAUGUUUCUUGAACGAGGACGCUAAAAAGUUUUUUGAGUAUAAAUUGGUUAUGGAAAUGGCAAUUCCAGAAGGUUUCUCACCAAAUGGUAGAGAGAAUGAGUCUAAAUCAAUCAGUGAUAUUUUUGAUGAAGCGACAAAUGUGUUAAUUAAAGAAUUCCAGACAUUUUUGGCCAAAGAUAUUAGAGAGAGAAUCAUUGCUCCAAAUAUUUUAGAUUUAUUGGGCCAUGAACAUUAUCCAAAAUUAGUCGAGGAGUUAAAAGCACAAGAACAAGCAUCUAAACCCAAAGUUCUAGUAUCAAACAAUAAUUUAAAGCAAAAUGCAUUAUCUAUUCUUGAAAAACAACGACAAGAACUUCAAGAGAGGUUGAAGAAAAGAAAGAAGAAAAACCAGAUCAUUCCAAUGCAACAUGCUCUUGAUAUUGACAGUGAGUCCGAGAUUGAAUCCGAAGACGAGGAAGAAGAAGAAGACGAAGACGAGGAAGAGGAAGAAGAGGAUGUUGAAGGAGAAGACAACGUCAGUGCGUCUGUUUCACCAGUCGAUCAAUCAUUAAAACGAGAACGAAGCUCGACUAUCACAAGCGUGGAGGAUGAGCAAGAACAUAUUUCCAAAAAGAUUAAAAUUGAGGAAAAAGAAGAUAUUGUUUCUGAUGAAGAAAUGGAAGAUGCUCAAGUCAAAGAAGAAGCUAUUGUUCCUGUUAAGGAAGAAGAAAUUGACAGUAAAUAUAAGCCAACAGAAGGUGAACCACAAACUGUUUAUCCUGAGUUUGUGUCGUCUGGUGUAUUUGAUUUGGAUGAGUUGAAAGGAUCCAUUAAGGAUGACGAAGAUUUGAAACUUGCUGAAGAAGUGUUGGCAGGAAUUGAACCCUUGGGUAAUAAGAAUAUUGAUUACUGGUCAUGGAAAUUGAAGGAUACCAAGAGUACAGAAGAAAUUGCUGAAGAGGUUGAGAAUAUUGAAGAAUUGCCAGCAAACUUGGAAUCGACAACAGGAGCUUUCAAAAGUGAAGGUUAUAAGAAGAUCCCUGAUCCUGAUAAAAUUGGAUAUUUACCACACCGUAGAAAAGCGGAUAAACCAAUCAAGACAAUUCAAUAUGAGGAUGACAAUGAUGAGAAAGGUAAUGAUAAUUCCAAUGCAGUUCAAAGUUCACGUGUUAAUAGAGCUAAUAAUAGAAGAUUUGCAGCUGAUAUCACAGCACAGAUUGGAACUGAAUCAGAUGUAUUGAGUUUGAAUGCGUUGACAAAGAGAAAGAAACCAGUUACUUUUGCUAGAUCUGCAAUUCAUAAUUGGGGGUUGUAUGCAUUGGAACCAAUUGCUGCUAAAGAAAUGAUUAUUGAAUAUGUCGGAGAACGAAUUAGACAACAAGUUGCUGAGCAUAGAGAAAAAAGUUAUUUGAAAACAGGUAUUGGAUCUUCAUAUCUUUUCAGAAUUGAUGAAAAUACAGUUAUUGAUGCUACCAAAAAGGGAGGUAUUGCUAGAUUCAUUAAUCAUUGUUGUAGUCCUAGUUGUACAGCCAAGAUCAUCAAAGUUGAAGGUAUCAAAAGAAUUGUCAUUUAUGCAUUGAGAGAUAUUGAGGCCAAUGAAGAACUAACUUAUGAUUAUAAAUUUGAAAGAGAAACCAAUGAUGAAGAACGUAUUAGAUGUUUGUGUGGAGCACCUGGCUGUAAAGGGUAUUUGAAUUAA